UAAUAUCUCUUCACCAAUUGCUCGUACUUUUUCAUCGGUCGUCGUUGCUAGGGUGGCUUAGCUUAUAAAUAAUCAGCUCAGCCGGUGCCAUGUUCUGGAAGCAGCAGAUCAUCACUUCCGCGCUCUGCCCCCUCUCUACCCGCUCCGUCUAUCCAACACGCGCGCUCGCGGCGAGGCGAACCCCCGCGAUGGGGUUCUUCCUCGAGCUCUCUCCGCGGUGUUCUGUGCUGCUUCUCCUCUUGCUGGUGACGGCGUCGCAGGGGCUCAACAUUGGCGACCUGCUGGGCGGCUCGUCGCCGGCGGUGAGAACCGGCGUGGAGCAAGCUGACCAAAAGGACCAGGGGUGUAGCCGGACGUGCGAGUCCCAGUUUUGCACAAUUGCACCGUUGCUGAGGUAUGGGAAGUACUGCGGGAUCCUCUACAGCGGCUGCCCCGGUGAGAGGCCCUGCGACGCGCUCGACGCCUGCUGCAUGGUGCACGACCACUGCGUCGACACCCACAAUGAUGACUACCUGAACACGAUGUGCAACGAGAACCUGCUGCGCUGCAUCGACCGGGUGAGCGGGCCGACGUUCCCGGGGAACAGGUGCAACGUCGGCCAGACGGCGUCCGUCAUCAGAGGGGUCAUCGAGACGGCCGUGCUCGCCGGCAAGAUCCUCCACAAGCGCGACGAUGGCCAAUAGCCACGUUUGUACGCGCGUACAUGGUCCAGACUGUACGGUGAAUCAGUGAUAGAGUGUGAUACAAAGAAGAGAAAAAAAAAAAGCUAGGGGUAAUAAAACCGCGCGGCUGCGUCCGAACCGGUGGCCGUGCCGGGGCGGGGCGGUGCGGGCGUGCGGCAACGAAAACGCCGCAUGCGCGCGCCUGGUUGGCAGUUGGACCACCUGUGAUUCGUAGGCGUAGGCAUUGGACCUCGCUUGGUGCGGCAAUGGCGUUGGCCAUUGGUUACGAGGAGUAACAUUAUGCUCUGUCAGUCAAUGAGACAGAACAUGUUACCAAACAAAAGACAUUGUUAAGUGGAAAUGGUUGGUUAUUGGUAGACCGCCUUGUUAUUUUCACCUUUUGUGCAGUGUAAAGUGCUGCUAGCACGUCUUGAUUAUUCGUGUAUAAUUUCAGGACAAGAGCAGUUUCGUAAAAAAAUGGACUAAUCAUUCAUCAG